AUGGCAUUCGGACCUUUUAUAGCUGAUGUUUUGGUAGCUUUUUUCAUAGCAUCUUCUUUAUUAUAUCGUUAUGGUAAUUGGUAUAGGCACCGUAUUGUAGUUACAUUAGCCGUUUUAGUGGCUUGGUAUUUUUCAUUUUUAAUCAUUUUCAUACUUCCACUGGAUGUAUCAGCAACUGUUUAUAGACAAUAUAAACAAAAGAAUAAUUUAACAGAUUUUCCUGAAAUUCAUUCGAAUAACAGUAUUGAACACAGUUCUAGUCCUAAUGUGAUGUUUCAUAAACCCUGGAGUAAUGUACCUUCAAAUACAUUUCCUAAUUUGUGGAGAAUCGUUUAUUGGACUUCACAAUUUUUAACAUGGAUUAUUUUACCCCUUAUGCAAUCUUAUACUCAAGCUGGCGAUUUCACAGUUCGAGGAAAAUUAAAAAGUGCACUAGUAGACAAUGCAAUAUAUUAUGGAUCAUUCCUUUUCAUAGCAGCAAUAUUAUUGAUUUAUUUAGCUGUAAAACCACACAUGCAACUCGACUGGCAAAAACUUAAAGCCAUUGCUUCUUCUGCUAGUAACACUUGGGGAUUAUUUUUACUAGUCUUACUUUUGGGUUAUGCUUUAGUAGAAGUUCCGAGAACUUUAUGGAAUAAUAGUAAAAAGGGUUACACAUUAGAAUAUUCAUAUUUCAAAGCGGCAGCUUUAAGUCUUGAAAAAGGUGAAGCAGAAGAAAACGUAAACGAGUUGUUGGAAUGUUUGGGUAACAUAGUUAGCAUUGUUAAACCUGGAUAUCCACUUUAUCGUCAAGUAGAGGCAAUUUUAUGUAAAAUACCAAUAGAAUUAAGGGAAAAAAUAUCGAAAAGAGAAUUUCAAGAAAGUGGAAAUCCCAACAACAUUCCGACAGAAAAAACUCUCAUUAGGUUACAUAAACAGAUAAUCAAAGCUUUACAAACGCUUCACAGAACCGAAGCACAAUGGGGUAUUUUAGUUAAUAAAAUUUUCUUAUUGGAAGAUAUAGCUAAAAAUCAAGGAAGUCACGAUAGGAGAUUUAAAUCCGCGUUUCCGGUUAAGAGAAAUAAAUUCGUGAGUUUUUUCUGGACUCCUACCAUAGAAUGGUACUACAGAUGCGUUUUACAUUCGUGGUUGCUUAAAGUUCUUUCCGUCAUAACGGGUCUCCUUUCGAUCAUGGUCGUUUGGUCGGAAGUGACGUUUUUCAACGAGAAACCCGUUCUCUCUCUUUUUGCCGUUUUUCUAAACAUGACAAUUGAAAAUUACGAUUAUCUCACGAUGGAAUUACUAUCGACUUGUUUCAUGGCUUACCUUUGCUAUUGCGCAUAUUCGACGAUAUUACAAAUUAAAUUUUUAAACAAGUACUACAUAGCACCCAAUCAUCAAACGGACGAAUUCAGUUUGAUAUUUUCCGGAAUGAUGUUGUGCCGUUUGACCCCUCCCCUCUGUUUGAAUUUUCUCGGAUUGAUACACAUGGACAAUCACAUAAUCAAAACGCCAUUCAUGGAAACAUCAUACACUCAGAUAAUGGGUCACAUGGAUGUAAUAUCCAUAAUAUCCGACGGUUUCAACAUAUAUUUUCCAAUGCUCAUGCUUCUUUUUUGCUUCGCGACUUAUUUCAGUCUCGGAAGUAGAUUUUUAUCCUUUCUAGGAUUUCAACAAUUCAUGGGUGAUGACGAACUCACGACGGAUCUCGUAGACGAAGGAAGAGAACUCAUCAAAAGAGAGAAAAGAAGAAGACAGAGAAUGGAAGAAACCGAAACGAGACGACGGGAAUUCAACGAAAGAUUUCUCGGUAAUAAUACGAAUGCGAGAAAUCGUUCCAGGUACCAACAGGAUUCUGAUAGAGGAGGGAGAUCAGACAGGAGAGACGAUUCCUCCGAUUCCGCCAGAGCCGUUUUAUUAGGCGAUUCCGAUCAGUUUGAUUAUUACGUACAACCAUCGGAUGAUUCCCUAAGGAAUCAAUUCAAUCGAGAUUUCGAGACGAGAGAUCGAGUCGGAAGAUUACCAAAAGGUUUUUUCGAUGACGUAUAA